UGAAAUUAUGGCGCUCACUGGACCUUUGACCUGCCUCUAGGGUUUUUAAACUUUCCCUUUCCCUACUCUUCCUCUUUGAGCUCCCGACGGUUUCUCUCUCAACACCGAUCAUCUUCUUAGUUUCCUCUUCGUUUGUCCACAUCCAAUUCAUUGGCCCUUAUAAGUUUUUAGGGUUGCGAUCUCAGAAUUUCGACAAUGGCUGCAAAUCUCACUGGCGGGGCGAUAAUAACAAUGUGCAGAGACGAUUUCUCUUGCGAGGACCUGAAGCCUGUGCUUCAAGUAAUUGACCUGAAGUUGGUGCAGUCGCAGCAGCAUAACAACACGGAGAGGUAUAGGCUUGUGCUUUCAGACGGUUCCCAUUAUCAGCAAGGGAUGCUCGCUACUCAGAAGAACGAGUUGGUCCAUGCUGGGCGGUUGCAGAAGGGCUCUGUUGUUAAGUUGACUCAGUUUAUUUGUAAUGUUGUACAGAGUCGCAAGAUUAUUAUCAUCAUUGAGCUGGAUAUGGUACUUGACAGAUGUGAUCUGAUUGGAGAACCUGUUGCUGCGCCAAGAGCUGCACCUGCAUCAUCUUCCACUGAUCAGUCUGGAGCUAACACAGGAAAUCCUCAGUCUUUAACCAGUACUUCACCUGCAGGUGGCAACAUUGCUAGACCGAAUGUGACUGGGCCAUCUCUAGAUCAUUCACAAAUCAAUCACAAUAACAAUGGUGCAAGAUAUGGUGCUGCAAAUGCCCCUCCUUCAUUGCCUAAAACAGAGCCUAGAGCUACACCUACUUUACCAAAAUCAGGGCCAUCAAGUGGGUCCUAUGGUGAACAUAACAUGGGAUUUUGCAAUCCUCGACCGGAAACUCCAAGACCCCCACAAAAUGCCUAUAUUCAUCCACCACAGCCUAUGCAUAGACAGCCAUCUCCAAUUUACAAUAACAGGGGACCAAUAUCCAGAAAUGAAGCUUUGCCAAGGAUAAUUCCAAUAGCUGCAUUGAACCCAUACCAAAACAUGUGGACAAUUAAGGCUAGAGUUACAUCAAAGGCAAGCCUCAGGCAGUACAACAAUGCCAGAGGUGAUGGCAAAGUGUUUUCUUUUGAUCUUCUUGACUCUGAUGGUGGAGAAAUUCGUGCAACUUGCUUUAAUGCAGUGGCUGAACAGUUCUAUCGUCUAGUUGAAGUUGGUAAAGUAUAUCUGAUUUCCAGGGGGAGUAUAAAGCCGGCUCAAAAAAAUUUUAAUCAUCUUCCUAAUGAUCAAGAACUGACCCUUGAUCUGACAUCCAUCAUACAGCCAUGCCUUGAUGAUGACAAAUCAAUUCCAAUGCGUCUUUUUAAUUUUCGUCCAAUUAGUGAUGUUGAAAGCAUGGAAAUUUCGAGUGUUGUGGAUGUGAUUGGUGUGGUAUUUUCUGUCAGUCCUACAACCUCAAUCAUGAGAAAAAAUGGUACUGAAACUCAGAAGAGAGCCCUCCAGUUGAAGGACAUGUCUGGCUGUAGUGUUGAAUUAACCCUAUGGGGAGAUUUUUGUAGUGCAGAAGGACAACGGUUGCAGAAUACUUGUGACUCAGGUGCAUUUCCAGUUUUGGCUGUGAAAGCUGCCAGGGUAAAUGAAUUCAAUGGGAAGGCCCUUGGGACCAUAGUCAAUAGUCAGCUAUUUAUAGAUCCUGAUUUUCCUGAGGCUUACAGGUUGAAAGAAUGGUUUGACAAGGAAGGGAGGAACGUACCAACUAUUUCUAUUUCCAGAGAAUCAUUCAAUGCUGGUAAGAAUGAUAUGAGGAAGACUAUAUCUCAGAUUAAAGAUGAGAAGUUAGGGACUUCAGAGAAGCCUGAUUGGAUUAGCAUCUGUGCAAGUGUUUCAUUCAUUAAGGCCGACUCAUUCUGCUAUACAGCCUGUCCCAUCAUGAUAGGUGAUAGGAAAUGUAGCAAAAAGGUGUCCAAUAAUGGAGACGGAAAGUGGAGGUGUGAUAGAUGUGACCAGUAUGUUGAUGCAUGUGAAUAUAGGUAUAUACUGCAACUCCAAAUACAGGACCACACUGGGCUAACAUGGGUAACUGCAUUUCAGGAGUGUGGUGAGGAGAUAAUGGGCUUACCUGCCAAAGAUCUUUAUUAUAUGAAAUAUGAAGAUCAGGACGAUGAAAGAUUUGCACAAGUCAUCCGUAAGGUUCUUUUUACUAAAUACAUAUUCAAGUUAAAAGUUAAGGAAGAGACAUUUGGUGAUGAACAACGUGUGAAGUCAACAGUGGUGAAAGCAGAGAAGGUUAACUUUUCAUCUGAAUCAAGAUUUCUUUUGGAUUUGAUUGAUAAGCUUAAAGCUGAAAAGGUAGAAGGUAUCAAUCCUCAUUCUCUAAUCAGUAAUACUGGACAUCAGAGUGUUGGAACUGGCCUGGCAAUGCCACCAGCUUAUAAUCCUAUAAAUAGCAACAGUGGUGCGAGUAGAGAAUAUGGGAUGCCAGCAAAUCAAGUGGGUCAGUAUGAGCACCAAUAUAGGAGUUCUUUUGCUUCAGCUGGGUCUUCUAGUUCAUUUAUGCCUUGCAGCAAUUGUGGAGGCUCUGGCCAUAGCUCUAUGCAUUGCCCGAACAUUGCAAGUUUGCCUCGACAGUCCAUGGGAGGAGGGGCCUUUGCAAAUAGGGUAUCUUCUGGGGCAGGUGUUAGUGUUGCAACUGGUGAAUGCUUUAAAUGUCAUCAAACUGGUCACUGGGCACGAGACUGUCCUGGUCUCAACGUAGCAGCCCCUUCAGCUUAUGGAAGUAGUGUUGUUCAUGGAGGACAUGGGUUUGUUCAAAGGCAACAGCUUGGCGGAUUUUGAAGUUCUAUUGAAAAUGAGAGAUGCUUUAGUAACAUUAUGAUGGAUUUUGGCAUUGAUUCAUUGACUGCUUUUUUAUGGUUGAGUAAUCUGUACAGCUUGGUUUGUGGAAGCCAUUUUUGAUGGCAUCAAGCUUCAAAAGUCAUGGAUUUCACUUUCCUUAUCAUUCUGUUGAACAUUGAGCGGCUUGCUGCUCUGUCUUGGUUCUUCUGUAUAGACACGGUUUAUGAAGCAAUGAUUGGCACCUUUAUAUCGGAUUGGAUUUUGUUAGUACGCAUAAAACUUCAAGCAUGACUCAUGCGCUCUGAGAGAAAUUUCUGUUUCUUAAGCCUCCCUGUGACUUUUGUAAUGUAUCAAGAUGGUUUAUGUUAGUUAACUUAGAAGGCCGUACUGCAGAUUCUCACUGAAAACUCCCUUUGUUUAUGGGAUCAUCAGAAUAACUGUUACUAUGUGAUUGCUUCAA